ACUUCAUCCAAAAGAUGCUUUUCAUGAGAAAGGUCCAAACAGUCAAAAUCAGACUAUAUUCCAAUACUUGCAUCACCUAACAUGUGAUCUAAUAUGACGCAGGUUUAUGUACUAAACCAUGAUUUAAUGAACUCUGCUUCCUGAUUAACUUAAAACCAUUGUUUAUAAGCCACAUGGCUGAGUUUACCAUAUGUUCCAGUAAAAUAAAACCCAGUUGCGACCAGGGCAGUGUAGGAGUCCAGUCUCAGACUAAUAUGCAAGAAGAGAAAAUCUGAAAAUAUCUGGGAUGCAUUUAACAACUCAAAAGAGGCUUCAGCUCUUGCAAAGGGAUUUUUUAUUUUUUUUUAACAUCCAGCCAAGGAUCCUCCACAUUAUGGAAGAGUCUGGCUGCAGGAAAAGAUGGAUCUGUCUUGUUUGCCACAAGUAGAACUGGAUAGCUUUGCUUGUCCUAUAUCAUUGCAAUUUAUAGGCUCUAAUAUUGGAUCCCAAUUAUUCUAGUGACAGGUUAAAAGAUUAAAAAGUGUUGCUUAAUGCUGCUUUUAGUCACUUCUAUUCCGGGUUUGAAUAAAACUUACAGCACUUUAGGAGGUCAUUUUAUCUUAAAUCAUUUAUGUACGUGGUCAGACCUUUUGAUCACAUCAUUCUGUUCCCUCUUUCCCACCAAUGUAGUUUUCGCAUUAUCGCUGUGAAGAGAAUAUUUAAAAACGCAUGUGCCACCUUUCAAAACAAAUGGUUUAACAAUCUCAGAAUUUCGGCGGUAAACAGCAGCGUGCACAAGCCAUGCCAGAGAGAACAACAACGGAAACGGCGGCAAGGCAGCAUUCAUAACUGAUCAAGCGGACGCCGUGAAGACGUGCCGAAAUGGUGCGCUAAAAGAUGACUUGGAGUAUGAAAGCCGCCGAUCAAUUUCUACCAUCUUGUCUCUCGUUAAAAAGUAACUCUUCUUGCGGGCGUUUUUCCGCAGCUCGGCUCAGACCACGGAAAAGGGCGACUAGCCUCUGGCCGCCUUCUUUGUAACGCGACUCUCGCUCCGAGCGGCAUGAACUACACUUCCCAGGAUGCCCUCUUGUUACUCCGCCUUCGAUGGUUUUGCAGCCAACCUUGGGAACGAAAGGAAACAUUGGCGUCGCGUUUCCCAGGCUACUGAACGGUCUGCCAAGCCCGAAAGAACAGUUGUGGUCUGUGGUAUCCCAGAUGGCCUUCUAAGUGAGGACAUAAUGGCUGACAUCCUAAUGAUUAAUUUUCAGAAGACAAAGAAUAACGGUGGAGAUGUGGAGGACAUAGACUACCCUAUAUCAACAAAAGGAGUGGCAUAUAUAACAUUUGAGGAUAAACAAGUUGCAGAGAAUGUGCUCAGGAAAGGCAAACUCAUCUUAGAAGACAAGAGGCUGCAUAAGGCUUUUUUCCUCAAAGUAUCACCAUAUGGAGGAAGUGUUUUCACCUGUGUAACAUGCACCCUCGAUUUGUCCAGUUUUGAAGAAAGAUGCAACUUGGAAGACCUGGUACAAAAACUUGAAGAGAAUCUCCCCAAUUUGAGCUUUGGACCAUUGCACACAACUAGGCAAAUAACUGUGCAGGGGCCAUUUCCAGAUAUCAAGAUUCUCCAAAAUAAACUUGCAUUGAUUUUAAAACGUUCCUUUUUAGAACAACCCUUUAAGAGAAAAGGAAGGGUGCCAGAUAACAGAUCCAGAAUGAAACCAAGAAACCAUGGAUUACCCUUCAAGUCAAGAAACGGCACUGUUGAAAAUCCAAGUGAGGAAGGACUAACUAUUGCUCUUGAUACUGAUAUAUAUCACUAUAUGAAAAAGUUCAAAAGCAAACUCUAUCAAAAGAAUCUAGAAAAAUAUGGUGUUACCAGUUAUGAAUCUGUAGAUGGUGAGGUUACCAUUAUCUAUCUCUGUAACAGCAGUGCAAAAUCAGACUCUAGCCAGUUAGAGCAUGCCAAAAAUACAAUUGAAGGAUUGCUGACAGAACUGCAUUCCUCUCUACGCAAGGGAAGAUUGUUUCGGAAAGGGCCCACCAGAACAGAAAAACAGGAACACGAGCAGGCUUGUGAGCUUGUGAACAAGAAGUUUCCAAAUGUUUUGAUUAUACCUUAUCCAACUCACAUAGAUAUUAUAGGGUCCUCUUCAGAUAUUUAUGAGUUUGCACAACAGGUGAAUAAAAUGAUGGGGAGUUUCCAAAAAGAACCUUGGAUAUAGGCAGCUAGUUGGGUUUCCAAGGGUAGGUAGAGAUUUUUAACCCUCAACAUGAGACAACUACAAGAAACAGUCCCCCGCUUUUGUAUUCCCUCUGUGGAAUAUUCAUGGCCUCCCUGUCCCUCCCUGCUUUAUCUUACUGUCUGAGAGAAAGAGGGGAGUGGGUAAAAAGAGAUGGGUGGACUGGAUGUUGGGCUGACAUUUUCAGUAGAAAUACUGCAGUGUAGAUCAGUGUUUCUCAACCUUGGCAAUUUGAAGAUGUGUGGACUUCAAGUCCCAAAAUUCCCCAGCCAGCAUAAGCUGGCUAGGGAUUUCUGAGAGUUGAAGUCCACUCAUCUUCAAGCUGCCAAGGUUGAGAAACACUGGUGUAGAUACUGGUGAGUUCUGGACUGGGAAGUAAGUAUGAGUUGAAGCACUUUUACAGUGAUAGUGCAAGAAUAACAUGAGUUGAUGAACUGAAAGUGGUUGCAACAUAUAUGCACACACGCUCCUAUCAUGUAGAUGUAUGAAUGACUCAUUAUUUUGUAUUUCUAUCUUAAUACUCUGCAUAAGCCUUAAAUAACUUUCAGCGUAGUUCUGUUUGAUUAAUGUUUCUUUUUCUCCCUUCCCCCUCAGCCUUUUUUCCUGUGAAGAAAUUAUCCCAGUUUUUCUGCACUUGUUUAACAGAAAGCUUUUUAGUUUAGCUUUCAUGCUCCUGCUGUACAUAAGAGACAUUAUAGCAGAAGAUUAACAUCUAGAAACAUUUCCUCUUAAUAUUACCAUAAACCUUAUUUAUUUAUUCACUUUAUUUAUCAUGCAAGUAUCUCUGCUGUGUUUGUAGCUUGGUUCCACUGGAUUAAAGUUGGCUUUGUAA